AUGGUUACAACAAAGCAUGGGCGGGGUACAGCCCAAAGUACCCCGUGGGCCUCCUCAUCCGCCUACGACAAAAAGAAGGAUGGGAAACCUGGUGGAACCACUAUUCAUGAAAAUGAAACCUAUGACGGCCAUAAACGACCUAAUAAAAAGUGGAGAAACCAGUUUACGGGUGAUCGAGUUAGGGUCGCGACAUGGAAUGUUGGGAGUAUGACGGGAAGAGCGGGAGAAGUCGUCGAUGUAUUGCACAGAAGACAUAUAGAUGUGUGCUGCAUACAGGAGACUAGAUGGAAAGGAAAUGGGACCAGAAUGAUUGGCAAGACUAGCGAAAAGUAUAAAUUCUUUUGGCAAGGAGGUAAUGAUGGUAAGGCUGGAGUUGGGGUAUUGGUUGCGGAGAAAUUGGUAGACAAAGUAGUCGAAGUGAGAAGGCUAGACAACCAGAUAAUGGUUAUCAAGAUGAUUAUUGGUAGAAAGCUAUAUAAUAUGAUCUCGGCAUAUGUUCCUCAGGUUGGAAGAAGUGAAGAAGAGAAAGAUGUAUUUUGGGACAGUCUAUUGGGGGUGACAUCGAGACUGGCAAAUGAAGAGGGGAUUAUCCUGGCUGGUGAUCUGAAUGGACAUGUGGGAGCGAGUAGUGAGGGUUAUGAAGGAGUACAUGGAGGGUUCAGUUAUGGCAUGAGAAAUUUGGAAGGAGAGAGGAUUUUAGAAUUUAGUGAUGCUAUGGAUAUGAUUGUUUGUAAUACAAUGUUUAAGAAAGAAUCAGAGAAGCUGGUGACUUAUAAGUCGGGUAGUACCAAAAGUGUUGUGGAUUACUUGUUAUUAAGGAGAUGUGAUCGAUGUAUAAUAAAAAAUGUGAAAGUGAUACCGGGAGAGGAAUGUAUAAAUCAGCAUCGACUAGUUGUAGGAGAUCUCACUCUUAAAGGUGCCAGGGUCACUAAAAGAAAGUUUGUCCCAAGGCUGAAGGUUUGGAAAUUGAAGGAGGAGAAUGCUAGACGUCAAUUCAAUAUGGCAUUGGCGAUUAGGGAGGCGGAGGUGGCACAAGCAUCUGGGGUGAAUGACAAGUGGGAAGCCAUGAAGAAAGCUUGGGUAAUGACAACUGAGGAGGUAUGUGGAUGGACAAAAGGGCCGCCUAGACAUAAGGAGACUUGGUGGUGGAGCCCAGAGGUAGCGAAAGCCGUGGAUGAGAAACGGAGGUGUUUCAAAGUAUGGUAUAAUAGCAAAGAAAAUAGUGAUAAUGAUAUUUACAAGAUGGCUAAAAGAAAUGCUAAGAAAUUAAUAGCGAAGGCUCAAGAAGAAAAAAGACACGAGUUUGCUAAAGAAAUGAAAUGCGCUGAUGGAAUUGGAAAUAUGGUUAGAAUGGCAAAACAGAUGUCAAAAAAGAGGCAGGAUGUGAUAGGUGUAAAGUGUUUGAAAAAUAUGGAAGGAAAAAUGACGAUUGAUAGUAGUGGUAUUAAGAACACCUGGAAGAUUUACAUGAAAGGACUUUUGAAUAAGAAAAUGAAUGGAAUAAUAAUAUUAGUUGUGCAAAGGUAG